AUGCUGCUCCUGCAGAGUCUAUUAUCCUUGUUCUCUUUAUUCCUCGCUGUACAGGGGUUUGCCUUUGACAAACGGGCUUGCGUUUCUUCAGAUGUUGCUCUCGUCAAGCGACAGGUUACUCAUCCGGAAUACUUCUGUACCUGGUACCUGAGCGAUGGAAGGACAAGGUCGCCCGUUCCAAACAUCGGUCCUGAUUCCUUGUUGAGUGCGUGCAAGUGCCUCAUCAACGCUUCACCUUCCGGUACCUGGACUCGUGCCAAAGAUGGUAUCUACAAGGCCGCGAGACUGCACAGUUUUACGCCUGCAGGUUGUCCAGACUCGGCCAAGGACAUCAUCAAGAAUGAGUACAAGAGCCCUGCUGCGUUCUGUACUUUCUGGCAAUCUUCGUAA